GUCUGGUUAGACACAAUGGACACAAUUGUGUCUGCCCUGCUGUCCCUGCUACUCCUUCUGGGUCCUGCAGUCCCUCAGGAGACCCAAGGUGGGCCUUACUCUCUGAGCUUCUUCUACACUGGGCUAUCCAGACCCAGUGAUGGCUUCCCCAGCUUCCAGGCCACUGCCUACCUCAAUGAUCAGGACUUCUUUCACUAUGACAGUGAAACCGGGAAAGCCAUACCCCGGUACCCAUGGAGCCAGAUGGAAGGAAUAGAGGACUGGGAGAAGGAGAGUAAACUUCAGAAGGCAAGGGAGGACAUCUUCAUGGUGACCCUGAAGGACAUCAUGGAAUAUUACAAGGACAAAGAAGGGUCUCAUACCUUUCAGGGAAUGUUUGGCUGUGAGCUCCAGAAUAACAAAAACAGUGGAGCAUUCUGGAGGUACGCCUAUGAUGGAAGGAACUUCAUCGAGUUCAACAAAGAAAUCCCAGCCUGGGUCCCCCAGGACCCAGCAGCUCUGAACACCAAGAAGAAGUGGGAAGCGGAAGAAGUCUAUGUGCAGCGGGCCAAGGCUUACCUGGAAGAGGAGUGCCCAGUGAUGCUGCAGAGGUACUUAGAAUACGGCAAGACCUACCUGGACCGACAAGAACCCCCCUCCGUGUCCAUCACCAGCCAUGGGACCCCGGAAGGAAUUCAGACACUCAAGUGCUGGGUCUCUGGCUUCUACCCACAAGAAAUUGAUCUGCACUGGAUUCAGGCGGAUGAUACACAGGAGACUAAGUCGGGGGGAGCCCUUCUUCCCAGUGGAAACAACACUUACCAGGCCUGGGUGGUGAUGUCAGCUUCCCCUCAGGACUUAGCCUCCUUCUCCUACUCCUGCCUCGUGAAGCACAGCAGCCUGUCCCAGCCCCUCACUGUGCUGUGGGACAAGAGGCAGGGAGCAGUGAGGGCGGAAGGCUCUGAGGACACUCAGGUGCAGUAGCCACCCUUCCUGUGAGACCUAAGAAGAUGAGCUCUAGAAAUUGCUGUUGCAUUACCAGUGAGGCCAUGGAUCAGGUGGUGGAUUCAGAGCUGGAAGACUUGAGUGCAAGCCACUGAGAUGACUCACUUCCAAACAGCUUUUGGAAGCAACUGCAAAACCCCAUCAUCUAAUCUGUCGAAUCAAAUCAACAGUAAUCACCUUGCCUAGAACAUAAUGUAGAAAGGUAUUUUAAAACUGAGAUCAUAUAAAAAAUAUGAGUAGAUGUUACCAUUCA